AUGAAACAUUCCUGAAUUUAAUGCACUUGAUUUACGCAUACAGGGAAUCAGAUUUACCCUUCUGUUUGAAGCGGGUUAAAUGGUUACAGAUUCAUGGGUAUAGUAUGGUGUGUCUGUGCAAGUCCUGUUUUCAAAUAUUCUCACCCUUCGAUCAUGGGGAUUCCAUCCAGCCUCGCUUUCAUUCCUUACGACUGCUUGGGGGUUCCCUAGUUCAAGAUGGCAGCGAUCGAAGGUUUCGAUUUCUCAAGUAGAUAGUUUUAUAGGCUUUUGUACACCGGUGUGGUGCUGACAACUGGUAAAACAGGACGUACGUGAAUGUGUUAACGUUUUUAAGUGUUCUUAACCCAGAGAAUGGCAUUUUGCUACGUCUGGAGAAAUGGGCGCGUAGCUUUAUUGUCGCUUUACCGGUCCACAGGUACAACAACAACGCGAUCGCUGGCAUCGGUGAAUGAGUUUAGCUACGAGUGCUCACUUCGAUCGCCUUUAUCACCUCUUAUACAUGAUACCAGGUUAGCACGUGUCAGGAAAGAAUGUCAAAAUAGUUAUGAUACUAUAUCACCUAGUACCAUUAUGGUUCUCCGUGGAUGUUUGCAUACCGGUAUGAUGAAUACCUGCAUGACGUAUAGGUCCUUCUCGACCGACAAUACGGACAGUACAGACGUACAUGAUGAACUCUUGGCACCAAACCUGAAAAUAGAAAAACAGUUAAUGAAGUUUAUGGAUAUGUGGGAAAUGCAUAAAGCUAUCAAACUUCUCCGUUUGUCAGUCCAAAACAACAUAAUACCGCACCAGACGGUUAUUUUGAAUUUAUUACAGCAGCUGGCGAAUUUGGGAGAAGUUGAUUUCUUAGUAGAGAUGCAUCAGUUUCUGUUGGACGAGAAGCUUUGCUCCAAUACGGCUUUUUACAUGUGCUUGCAACAGGCAUACUUUAACAGCGGAAGAAUUGAUGAAGGUGUUGAUUUCCUGAGAAAGAUUUACCACCUAACCAGAAAAUACCAGGAUAUCGACACAUAUUUUGUCCUUCUGACCGUGAUGAUUUUGAGACACUUUCCUGACAAGGAGCCCAUGAUUAAAAGCGUUGUCACCGAUUUAGCUCAGCGUGUUCCGUCUGAUCAUGAAGUAAGAGCUGGACUCUGGAAAUGUUAUAUGUUGAUGGGAAACUUCACCAAAGCAGAUGACCUUGUUCAAGAAUUUGGGAAAGACAUGAAGCCAUUCUUACCAAUAAUGGUAAAUGAUAUCUGUUUGCAGAGAAAUAAAGUGGAUCAGGUAGACAGAAAGGAGGUUUUGGCUAAUCUAUUGGAUUUUCCUGGAUUGGGAAGAAAGCAGCAAGCUCUUCUCUAUCAAACUUACAUCUUUCUGUUGGUUGAAGAAGCCAAGUAUAAAGCAAGCCUGUUAGCUCUGAAUAAAGCCAGACAGCAAGAUGUUGUACUCAAGAAAGAAGCUUUCCUUCCUGUGAUACAAGUGUUAAAAACACAUGUGGCUGAAUCCAGUGAAGGAGAUGAACAAGAAAGCCUAGAGUCAGUCCUGACAGCUGUUAAAACCUGGCUAGAAGGAAGUGAUAACUAAGGGAGAAAUUUAGAUCCAUCAUUAAAAAUUGAUGAGAUAUAUGAUUUUUUUUUUUUUGAUUAAUGUCACCAUGAGAAAGGAAGCUCCAUGAUUUCACAGCUGUGAAUACCGUAAAUCUUCAAGCUUUUCAACCUCUUUAGCACUUUUUUCUGUGGAAUUUAUCACCACAUGUAUGUGACUGUUGUGAAAAUGACAUCAAAAAAUGAUUUGUUUGGGUCAAUAAAGAUGCAAGUUGCGUAAAACUGUGCAGAUUAUUUCUCUACACCCCAAUGUUCUCUCAGAAUGUUUACUGAUUAAAAUUAAACAUUUGUCUCCCUUGUACAGGUGUCUCACAUUUAUUAGU